AUGAUCGGAUUCGCAGCAGGCGCUGGUUUCCUCCUUUUCGGUUAUGACCAAGGUGUCAUGGGUGGCUUGCUUACGCUGCCAUCCUUCGUGGAGCACUUUCCCGAGAUCGACACGACCAAACGGGGCACAACAGCUACUUCGGCCGAAAGCACUCUCCAAGGUCUCACUAUUGGUCUCUACGAAAUCGGUUGCUUCUUGGGCGCGGUCUCCUGUCUCUGGCUUGGCGACAUGCUCGGUCGUCGUGCAAUCAUCUGGAUCGGUACUAUUUGGAUGAUCAUCGGCGCCAUCAUCCAGGCUGCUGCUCCCAACAUUGGUGCUCUCAUUGCUGGCCGUAUCAUUGGUGGUGUAGGUAACGGUAUGCAUACUGCUACCAUUCCUAUGUGGCAGUCUGAAUGCUCGCCCCCUCACAAGCGUGGCAUGCUCGUCAUGGUGGAAGGUGCCCUCAUCACGGGUGGAAUCUGCAUGGCAUACUGGAUCGAUUUCGCCUUUUUCUGGCUCGACCCCGACGUGGCUGAAGGCAACCCCAACGCGCCCCGCAGCACUUCAAGUGUGGCAUGGCGUAUGCCCAUCGCUUUCCAGAUCGUCCUCUGCAUUCCUACCCUCGUCACCAUUUGGAUGCCCGAAUCUCCUCGUUGGUUGCUACUCAAAGGUCGCGAGGAAGAGGCCCGUUCUGUCAUGGCAUCCCUCGAGGAAUUGCCUCUGGACGACCCAGAGAUUGACCUCAAGGUUCAAGAGAUCAAGGAGUCGAUCGAAGAAGCUAGCGGUGCUGGCGUCAAGGAUCUCUUCAAGCAGGGACCAGAGCGCAAUUUCCACAGAACCGUGCUCGGCUUCAUUAUUCAAAUGUUCCAACAGAUUUCUGGUAUCAACCUCAUCACCUAUUACGCCGCCACGAUUUUCGAACAGAACAUCGGGAUGAGCCCAUUGGUCUCGCGUCUCGUCGCCGCCGCCAACGGUACAGAGUACUUUGCCGCCUCAUGGGUCGCCGUCUUCACCAUCGAGAAGUUUGGUCGUCGUAAGCUUAUGCUGUUCGGUGCCGCCGGUAUGUCUAUCAGCAUGGCCAUUCUUGCCGCGAUGACAGCGCCUGGCGUCACAGGAGAGUACACGGUUGGCGAAGGACCAGAUGCUGUCACGAUCGUCCCCAGACAGGCUCCAGGCUAUGUCGCCGCCGUCUUCCUGUUCAUCUUCAACACCUUCUUCGCCAUCGGGUGGCUUGGCAUGACUUGGCUCUACCCUGCCGAGAUUACUCCUCUCUCCAUCCGAGCCGCUGCAAAUGGUGUAUCCACGAGUGCGAACUGGCUCUUCAACUUCCUCGUCGUCCUCAUCACGCCUAUCGCCUUCGAUAGCAUCGCGUACAAGACGUAUUUGAUCUUCAUGUGCACCAACUUUGCCAUUUUCGUCACUACGUUCCUGAUUUUCCCCGAGACCAAGUCCAGAAGUCUGGAGGAGAUGGACGCCAUCUUUGCCAAGUCUUCCUACAUCAACCCCUACGAUGUUGUCCUUCAAGAGCAAAAGACUGCUCGCCGCUACGACGAGCACGGUCGACCGGUCGCGCUCGAUUCCAUUCUGGCAGAAGCGGGACAGGUCAACGAGUCAGCGGAGAAGAAGUAUGGCAACCAAGAUCUUACUCGAGACGCUUCCGGUUCCGAGAGCCAUUGA